UGUGAUCAACCGUGAGACUUUCAACGCUUUUCCAGCCGUUACCCAGCGUGUUUUGGUUAGCCUUCUUCCGUUAUACGACCGCAUCCCACUAUGCACAAAGUCUCUUCAUGAUCAGAUCCUACCUCCACUGGAUUCUACGGACAAUUUUCACACAAUCGGCGGUGAAACUAGAUCAAACGCAGUUACUACCUCUUAUUCUACCUCCCGGUUGACAACGGACAAUGGCCCCGCCGACUACAAUUGCAGAGAUGGAGAAGAAUGCCGCCCGAUUGAAUCAGCUUCAAUUACUAAACAAGUUGGGUCACCAUCAGUGAAAGAGUUCGGUUUGCAGGAGAGUGAGGUGACUGUUGCUUUACCCACAGCUUCGGCUCUCGCUGCUCUCAAUCAGCCACCUUGGCUUAAUUCGACAGCGCUGAACAAUGAGUUUCUUACAAAAGCACUUCUUGACUAUCCUGAUCGGCAGGCUCGUGGUGAAUUUGUCCAAAGAAUCCGCCAUCGGGCGGGUCUGCGUGCUUCUGCCGGGAACAGGCGCCGUUAUCUUACAGGUCCUUCCUUGUCAGGCUCAGGUGUGUCUUCAACAGCUGCAGUUGUAGCGGCUGCUUCCGUAUCCUCUGGUGUAGGGCCUGGUGGUACUGGCUCCACAGAGACCUCUGGUGGUGCGGUUGGCGCGGAUGCAUCUAGGACUGCAGCUGUUGCAGCCAUCAGAGCCUCACAGUUUGCUGCGGCAGAGCAGUUGCUAAAAAAUGCCACUGCUGCUGCGGCUGCAGCGGUAGCUGCCCUCGCCGUAAAUGGUAGUGAUGCAGAUGCUUCUGGGACAACUAGCACAAAAAUCUUAAGUCGUAUGCUCAGUACUAAGUGUUCAGGUUCUGAUGCCACUGUUCCCCUCAGUACUGCUUCUGUACAUGCCGAAAAGAGCCAGGCAAUGGUCACAGAAAGCGAGGUAAUAAUGAGUGGCAUUGAACGAGUCGGGGCGGAGGAGGAAAUAGAAGAGGACGAUGACGAUGAAGAUUUUUAUCUGGAUGCUAGAGGUGCAGCCUCUGAAUCAUCCUCAUUCACAAGGUAA